UCGUCGGCGGCAACGAUGCUUUUCCACGGUCUCCCGGGAGGAGAGAUGCAGGGGGUGAUGGAGGAGAUGGAGCGGCGAGGGAAAGCGGACUCCACGGCUAUCAGCUCGGCCAUAGACAUGGGAGAGACGGAGACGAGCCUGGCGUCCAUGAGCGGGGACAGACUGGCCCUGUGCGCCGGCUGCGGAGGCCGAAUCUCGGACCGCUACUACCUGCUGGCCGUGGACAAGCAGUGGCACAUGCGGUGCCUCAAGUGCUGCGAGUGCAAACUCAAUCUGGAGUCGGAGCUGACCUGCUUCAGCAAGGACGGCAGCAUCUACUGUAAAGAAGACUACUAUAGGAGGUUUUCGGUGCAGAGGUGCGCGCGCUGUCACCUGGGCAUUUCAGCGUCGGAGAUGGUGAUGAGGGCACGCGACCUGGUCUACCACCUGAACUGCUUCACGUGCACCAGCUGCAACAAAAUGCUGACGACCGGCGACCACUUCGGCAUGAAGGACACUCUGGUCUACUGCCGCCUCCACUUCGAGGGUCUGGUCCAUGCAGGGGACUUUGGGUCGGCGCAUUUCAACCACGCUGACGUGGUGGCCAUGGCUGCCAAGGGGCUUGGUGCGGCCGCGCCGCUGGGCCUGGCCUACUACAACGGGGUCAGCACCGUGCAGAAGGGACGCCCGAGGAAGCGGAAAAGUCCCGGACCAGGCAACGACCUCGCGGCCUAUAACGCAGGUAGCUGCAAUGAGAAUGAUGGCGACCCCCUGGAUCGCGACUCCCAGUACGGCGGGGGCCAGAAGACCAAGCGCAUGCGGACGUCCUUCAAGCACCACCAGCUGAGGACCAUGAAGUCCUACUUUGCCAUCAACCACAACCCCGACGCCAAGGACCUCAAGCAGCUCGCGCAGAAGACCGGCCUCACCAAACGAGUACUGCAGGUGUGGUUCCAGAAUGCUCGUGCCAAGUUCCGACGGAACCUCCUCCGCCAGGAAGGGGGCGGCAGUGGUCUGGAUAAGGGGGGCUGUGAGGGCUCGUUACUGCAGGCCGGCACCCCCUCCGGCCCCGCCUCCGAGCUCUCCAACGGCUCCCUAAGCCCCUCCAUCACCCCCACCACCACCAACACCACCACCCUCACGGACCUCACUAACCCCACGCUGCCCCCCUCCUCGGCCCUCACGGACCUGUCCAACCCCUCCCUGCCCCUGGCCUCCAUGCUCUCCUCCUCCGGGGGGAUGGACGCACACGAGUGCCGCAGCCCGCCACACACCACCCUCACCAGCCUCUUCUGA